AUGAAGAUUUCAACGGUGGUGGAGCUGUUAGCCUUUUUUGGCUUGCUAGCUUAUGCAGCAGCCAAAGCUGUUGAUCCGACACCUUUGAGAAAUACACAUCGAAAGGUUCAGAAGAAAAUCCAAUUGCGUCAAGCGGCACAAGAUCAAGUGCAAAACGCAGCGAAUAAAUAUUGUUCUUGCAGCGACAACAUUUGCGAUUGUUGCAGAGACUUUCAAUUACCUUUAGUGGCACUCAAUGGACCAGGUUGUGCUACUUUCCAAUAUCUCAACGGCGACAAUAUGGCACUGUCAAUGAGAUUCGGCGACCGUGUGCUUGCCAAUACCACCAUAUCAGGGCGCAGACCAAGACCUGUAUGCAUGCCCUUACCUGGUGGGUUCUCCAAAUUCUGCGGCCGUGUCUACGGCAUAAGUCGCGCUGAAGAAAACUUCAAAGCAUGUUUGGGUCUUGAACUCCAAUCUUCUGAUGAGCUGGAGGCUGCAGUACGCGUAUCUUGUUUCAGAUUCGGACCCAAGGGUCUUGACCUUGCACCUGCUGAGCCUUUACCUGUACGUCAGGAAGCAGCGCCUGAAGAUGACGAUGACGAUGAUGAUGAUGAUGACGACGAUGAUGAUUUCGGAUUAGGAUUAGGAGGCGAUGACGAUGACGAUGACGAUGAUGAUGACGAUGAUGACGAAGAAGAAGAAUCAGCAGAUAACGAGGUGGAAAGUGCAGAUUAUACAGGAUUUAGUCUUUUGAGCGAUGAUUUUCUAGGUGGACUGUUUGGAGGCAGCACCUCAAACAAGAAAAAAAUCCACAGGAAAAAAGCAGCCGCCGUUGCGCCUACCCGUGCUCCUACGACAACUACAACUAAAAUCAUUCGCAAACCCCUAAGAAAGAAAGUUUCUGUAGCAGCAUCAUCGACAACAGCUGCUAAACCAAUUAAACAUACAUUUUCGACACAGUCCUACAAAAUCGCGACUACAACAGAACCUGCUGUGUACCACAAAGUAAUUGUGAAUAAUGUACCACAAUACAUUGUCAAAAAACCAACUUCAACCGGCCUAAGACGAACCACAACUACACAAAUUCCAUUUACAGACAACAUUUCUAUCACAACUAUUAGAAAUCAACUGUUAAAUACUCCUAGUCUAGAAUUCGCGCAUAAUCCUAUUCAAAAUGAAAUACAACCUUCGUUGGAAGUUUUACAAAAUACCCAGUUAGGCUUCGACGAUUUAAAGUUAGAAGAAACGCGAAAUCCGAUAAUAGAAACAGCCGCUGAGCCAGCGAUAGAUAAUCACGAAGCACAAGCUGUUCAAGAUUCAAUAGUUGCCGAACAAACUUCAGUUCAAGAUACAAGUGCAGCACCUGAACAACCUAUGCAAGCAGAGAACAAUGAUUCUGAUGAUGAGGAUGACGGCUAUAUUAGCGUCGGUUCUGAAGACGACACUAUCGAACCUGUAAAAGCUCAAGAACCAGUAAAAGCUGUUGAAGAUACGUCUGCGCAAGCAACUCCAGCCGAAGAACUGGCUACUGUCGAAACAAACAAAGUUGAAGUAAUAUCUAAUCCAAAUGAAGUCAUUGUAGCUCCUCCUAAAAAGCCAGCUUCUUCUUCCGGACUGGACGGAAUAGUAGAAUCGAUAGAAUCUAUAGGCGGGCUUAUUGGUGGAGAAGAUGACGAUGAUGACGACGACGACGAUGAUGAUGACGACGAUGAUAAAGAAAGCACUGAAAAGGAUGAAGAUGACGACAGCGACGAAAGUGAUGAAGUAGAAGAUAAUACAAAGAAAGGAGAAAAAGAUGAGGAUGACGAUGAUGAUGACAACAGCGACGAUGAUGACGACGAUGACGACGAUGAUGACGAUAGCGAUGAAGACGAUGACGAAGUUCAGGCCACAAAACCGGGCAAAAAACCUGCAUCCGAAGUUAGCAAUACGACAACAAAACCAAAAAAGAAGAAAGGAGAGAAAGAUGAUACAUUCGGAUUAGGCGCAAUAACAGAAACUUUGGGCUUCAGACGAAGAAACAAUAAAAUGAUGCGGUGGUAA